AUGUCGUUUGUCCCACCUUCAGAUCCGGUGAACCGGGCUUCUAAUAUUAAAGUUUCUCAAUUGUGUGAGUUGUGUCAUUGUCGCAAGGCACUACUGAGAAGACCGAAGAAUUUGCAAAAGAUCUGCAAGUUGUGCUUCUACCAUAUUUUCGAGACAGAAAUUCACAACACUAUUGUGACUAACAAAUUAUUCUUUCGUGGUGAAAAAGUAGCAGUAGGAGCCUCUGGAGGGAAGGAUUCCACAGUUUUGGCGUAUGUUUUAAAACUCUUGAACGAGCGAUACGAUUACGGGAUUGAUAUCGUACUGCUGAGUAUUGAUGAGGGAAUUAUUGGAUACCGAGAUGACUCGCUGGCGACCGUCAAGAGAAACCAAAUACAGUAUGAUCUGCCGUUGGAGAUUGUGUCGUACAGAGAUCUGUAUGACUGGACCAUGGAUGAGAUCGUCGCUUGUGCUGGGGUGAGAAAUAGCUGUACUUAUUGUGGUGUCUUCAGACGGCAAGCCCUCGAUAGAGGUGCUGCUAAACUAGGCAUAGGCCAUGUAGUUACCGGACAUAACGCAGACGACAUGGCGGAAACGGUUCUGAUGAAUAUCUUUCGAGGUGAUGUCGCUAGACUUGAGAAGUCGACAGCCAUCAUUACACAGAGCAGUGGUUCGCCCGUCAAGAGAUCGAAACCCUUUAAAUACUCAUACCAAAAGGAGAUAGUCUUAUAUGCACAUUAUAAGAAAUUAGACUAUUUCUCCACUGAGUGUUCAUAUGCUCCUGAAGCGUUUAGAGGAACAGCGAGAGAGCUCAUGAAGAAUCUUGAAAUGGUUAGACCUAGCUGCAUUAUAGAUAUCAUUCACAGUGGAGAAAACCUCGUACUCAAGCCUAAGAAAGAGAAGAGAGCGCCUCCACCUCCGAAAUCAAUGGAAAUACAAAGCGAUGGAUCAGUUGUUCUUAAGAGGCCUUCAACUUCAACGUUUGUGGAUGGUAAUAAAUGUGAAAGAUGCGGAUAUUUAUCAAGCAAUAAGGUCUGUAAGGCUUGUAUACUGCUGGAAGGGCUCGAGAAGAAUCGCGCUAAGAUGUCACUAGAAAAUGACACUUCCACCGCAGGAGCCGCUCGACUCACAAGAAAACUAGAGCACCUUUCCUUCUGA